UUUCUUGCUUUAUUACCUAAUUUAGCAAUUGAUUUAGCGAAAAUUUUCAAACGUAUUGAACUAGAAUUUACAAAAAUCAAUUCAUUUACAUCUGAAGUGAUAAAUAUAAAAGUUAUACUUGGUGAAGUUCUUAAACGAAAGACCGAAAUUGAACUGCCAAAUCAGUCGAUGGAAAUCGAAACAAUAACAACUAAAAAUCCGUUUGAUAACGAUACAGAAUUAGAUAAUUAUCAAGAAUUACCCAUCGUACCUAAAUUAGAAGAACUUCUAUCCCGAAGCCGACCAAUUCUUCAAAAAAAUAUCAUCGAUGGUGUUUACGAUAAUCCUCAGCACUAUCUCAAUAUUCAUUUUCGUCUAUUACAUGAAGAUUUUAUUGGUCCAUUACGUGAAGGCAUUCAACAGUAUUUGUCUGGAUCACAAGAUAGAAAUUAUAAUAUAUACAUCUAUGCAAAUGUUCAUUCAUACGGCUCAAAAUUAAAUCCUCGUUCUGGUAUUGUUUACAAUCUUUGUUUGGAUAGACAAAUGGUAUCGAGAAUAUCCUGGGCAAAUAGUGAACAAUUAAUGUCUGGAAAUUUAUUGGUAUUAAGUAAUGAUAAUUUUCAAACAUAUACAUUUGUAACGAUUGACAGUCGAGACCAGAUUGAGCGGACAUUCUGUAUUUCUGUACGAAAACUUGAAAAUAUCAAUAAUUGCAAUCAAGGUCAAAUUAAUCUUGAUGAAAUUGAUUCUUCUCGUCCAUUAACAAUGAUUGAAACAAAGACUUAUUUUGAAUCAUAUCGACCAAUUCUCAAUGUUCUACAAACAAUUCCUAUUGACCAAGCAUUUCCCCUCGAACCAUUUAUUUUAAAAUUAAAUACAGAAAAUAUUCCACCGAAUUAUGUUACUUCAACAACAACAUAUGAUUUUACCCCACUUCUUGUCGAACCGAAAUCAAAAGUCAAAGCUGUUUUUACUAUAGAUCAAACAGAACGAAUUCUAAUUGGUCGUUUUCCAUCUCGACGUUACGUAAAACGAAUACUUAGCAAAAAAUUUCAUAUAAAUUAUCAACAAUCAGAUCUAGCUCUAGAAAAAUAUAAAUCAGUUAAUAUAUUAGAUACUAAUCAAUGGCCAACAAGCGAUGAAUUACAUCUAAAUCCGAAACAAUGCGAAGCGUUGAUGUCAGCACUAACACGUAAAGUAGCACUUAUACAAGGCCCACCCGGUACUGGUAAAACAUAUCUUGGUGUACGAAUAGUAGAAAUGUUAUUGCAUAAUCGAUCCGUUUGGUGCCCAUCAUCUGAGCAAUCGACGCCUAUUUUAUUGAUCUGUCAAACAAAUCAUGCUCUCGAUCAAUUUCUCGAAUUAAUUAAAAAUCGGUUGAACCUAACCGAAGGUAUUAUCCGUGUUGGUAGUCGAUGUAAAAAUGAAGCUAUUGAACCAUUUUCUCUAUCGAAUGCACGUAAAUGUGCUCGUAAUAAUCGUUCUAUACCGAACGAUAUCUAUCAUCAAAGACAUCUGAUACUUAACAAAAAGAUCCAAUGCGACGCAAUUCUUAAACAAGAAAAUUAUAAACUUGAGCAGUCUCGAACAAUUAUUCUUCCAUUUUCAUCAUUCACUGAACAUGGUAUUAUUAAUCCGAGACAUUUUCCAUCAUUAUAUACUCCCUACGAAGAAGGUUUUGUUGAAACAGCUAUAUUGGAUUGGCUUGGUCUUGGUGAUGAUUACGGAAAUUGUUUAGAUGAGUCGGUUUUUAUUAAAAAUUGGAAACAGAAAAUAUCUAGAUUAGAUAUCAAUUCUAAUGAAGAAGCAUACCAAACAAAAACAUAUAAAAAUAAACAAUUCAUCAACAAUGUUAAUCGUAUUGAACAGAAUGAAGAAGAAGAAGAACGACGUGAAAUUGAAUUAGAUGAUGAAUAUUUCGUUUCACCGAUUUUCAAUAAAUCAGAAACAAGAGAUUCAAAGAAAGUGACUAGUAAAAAAAUAUUAUCGAUCAAUAGGAAUGAACACGAAGGGCAGGACGUUAAAAAAAAGCCUUAUAAUCGUAAUCAAGUAGUUCAAUUAAACCUUAAAGAUCGAACUACACUGACUGAUGAAACAGUUCAGCAGCUUCCUGAUGACAUUUGGAAAUUAACGACCAAUCAUCGAUAUGACUUAUAUCGUUAUUGGCUUUUAAAAUAUCAAAACCAUUGUCAUAAUUCUAUUCGCAAUACUCGACAGAAAUAUGAUGAAACUACAACGGAACUUGCUAAACAUUAUCAAAACGAAGAUUAUUAUAUUCUUAAAGAUAGUCUUAUUGCCGCUAUGACAACAACAUGUGCAGCUAAAUAUCAUGGUGUUUUAAAAAAACUUCAAAAUAAAAUCGUUAUUGUUGAAGAAGCAGCAGCAAUCUUCGAAGCACAUAUUAUUACAGCAUUGACUUCCAAAUGUGAACAUUUAAUACUAAUUGGUGAUCAUUUACAAUUACGACCAAGUCCAAAGCAUCGUAUGAGACCAGAAAUUUCACGUAUAAUGAAACAUUUCUACGAUGAUUUGGAAGAUUAUGAAAGUGUACUUACCAAACGACCGAAUAUUCGUGGUGUAGAAAAUAAUGUUUUCUUUAUUAGCCAUAAUCAUAUGGAAAUGAGUGUCGAUGGUGGAAGUUCGAAACAAAAUGAAUUUGAAGCGAGAUAUAUUGUUGAACUCGCAAAAUAUUUAAUAAAACAAGGUUAUCAGCCAAAUCAAAUCACUAUAUUAGUCAUGUAUGAUGGCCAACGACAAUGUAUAGUUAAGCUAGCUAAACCAGUGGAACUUCUUGAAGGAGUUCGUAUUAUGGUAACGGAUAAUUAUCAAGGAGAAGAGAAUGAUAUUAUUUUAUUAUCAUUAGUACGAAGUAAUGCUAAAAAAAAGAUCGGAUUUCUUGCAAUUCAUAAUCGAAUAUGUGUGGCUUUAUCUCGCGCACGUUGUGGUCUUUUUGUUAUUGGUAAUAUGAAUUUGUUAGCAGAGGUCGAAGAUAUGUGGAAGAAAAUUGUCGGUUCAUUAAUUGAAAAAAAUGCAAUUGGUCGAGGGUUACCUUUAUCGUGCAUCCGGCAUCCUGAAGAUAAAUUUAUCGCUGAUACACCAGAAUCGUUUGAGAAGCGGCCCAGAGGAGGUUGUAAUAAACUGUGUAUGAUCCGUUUGAAAUGUGGUCAUUCAUGUGAAUCAGUGUGUCAUAAUGAUGAUAUCGAACAUAUGAAAGUUGUUUGUCGUAAAAGAUGCAUUGAUCAGUUACCAUGUAACCAUCAAUGCAUGAAAAGUUGUCAUUAUUCGAAUCCGACUCAACAUAAUCCAUGUCGGCUUCUCGUUGAAAAAACUAUCACAGAAUGUGGUCAUAAAAUAAAAUAUCCAUGCACAGAAACGCCGAGUGUUCAAGACUGUCAAGAGCUAACUUUGAAACGUCUUGUCUGUAAUCAUACUGUAGAACUUCCAUGUAAUACUGCUUCGUCUGACAAAAAAUUAGAACGCUUCUCUUGUCCAAUAUCGUGCAAUGAUAUACUAGCAUGUGGACAUACAUGUAAAGGCACAUGUGGUCAAUGUCGAUCAAAACGUUUACAUAUUCCAUGUAAAGAAAAAUGUACACGUAAAUUAAUCUGCUCACAUUCUUGCAAAGCAUCAUGCACAGCGAAUUGUCUACCAUGUACACGCAACUGUGAAACAUUCUGUGUUCAUUCAAAAUGCCCAAAGCGAUGUAGUGACCCAUGUCCACCAUGUCGAAAGCCAUGCAUGUAUAGAUGCAAACAUCUUCGAUGUACUCGUUUAUGUUCAGAACCGUGUAAUCGUGGACCUUGUAACAAGCGAUGUGAUAGAAAACUGAAAUGUGGUCAUUAUUGCAUUGGUAUUUGCGGUGAACCAUGUCCAAAACAAUGUCGAAUUUGUGACAAAAGUGUCGUUCAAGAAAUAUUUUUUGGUAGCGAAAACAAGCCCAAUGCAUGCUUUGUUCUAUUACCGGAUUGUAAACAUUUGAUUGAAGUAAUAGGACUCGAUAAAUGGGUAUUCGAUUCAAUCAAUAAUUCAACAGAUAGUACAAAAAUUCGUUUUCCUGAAUGUCCGCGAUGCAAAACUCAAAUUCGUAAAUGUAUGAGAUACAUGCCAGUUAUUAAUCGACUACAAAAUUUAAUAGAACAAGUGAAAAAGAAAAUCUUGCGCAGUCAGUCUGUAUAUGAGAUACAAGAAAAGCGAAAUCAUAUUAUCAGAGAAUAUAAAAAUAUUCGAGCAAAUUUAAAACAAAUCGAAUAUUCACAAAUAACAUCCCUCUUCUCAAUAUUAGUCUCAGGAAAUUUUCUUCGACAUGAAAUAUUAAUAUUAAUGGAGAAUACCCUUAUUUUCAUCAAAACCAUCGAUGAUCUUUUAAACGAAGGCAAGAAAAUGUUAACUAUUAAUGUAUUCAAAGAUCAAAUUCAUGUACCAUUGAUGUAUAUUCUUAAAUACAUCUCAGUUCAUAAACAAUAUCGAAACUUUUCUGAACAACAAAUUCAAGAUAUUCAAUCUGAAUUCGAACGUAUUCGUUGUGUGAUUAUUUUCGAAAUUUUUGUCGCUUUAUUGGAACAACAAAAUCCAAAACGUGAUUUAAAACCAAAUGAAAUAGAUUCAAUUGAAACUAUCAAAAAGCUUGUUAGAAAGUCGAGUCGUUUCACGGAAAUUACUAAGAAAGAGUUUUACUAUGAAAUAGAAAAAGUUAAACAUUUAAAUAAUAUACCUGGAUUGGGAAUUAAUGAACGAAAAGCAAUUGUUACUGCAUGA